AUGGACGUCGACGACGACGACUACGCCGACGCCGCCCAGAACGCCGUCGUCCUCGCCGAGGACAAGAAGUACUACCCCACGGCCGAGGAGGUCUACGGCCCGGGCGUCGAGGCGCUCGUCAUGGACGAGGACGAGCAGGCGCUCGAGAAGCCCAUCGUCGCGCCGCCCCGCGUCGUCAAGUUCGAGGUCGGCACCCGCGCCGGUGCGACCUCCACCUACGCCUCCACCGAUUUCAUCCUCGGCCUCGCCUCCAACCCGCUGCUGGUCCGCAAUGUGGCGCUCGUGGGCCACCUGCAGCACGGGAAGACGGUGUUCAUGGACAUGCUCGUGGAGCAGACCCACGAGGUGGACACGUUCGACUCCGAGGGCGAGCGCCACAUCCGUUUCACAGACACCCGGGUCGACGAGCAGGAGCGCAGGGUCUCCAUCAAGGCUGUGCCGAUGUCGCUCGUGCUAGAGUCAGGGAAUGGCAAGUCCUAUCUCUGCAACAUCAUGGAUACGCCUGGGCAUGUCAAUUUUUCCGACGAGAUGACUGCUGCGCUCAGGCUAGCGGAUGGGGCUGUGCUUGUUGUCGAUGCUGCUGAGGGCGUCAUGGUAAACACUGAGAGGGCGAUUCGUCAUGCGAUCCAAGAAAGACUUCCCAUCGUUGUUGUGAUUAACAAGGUUGACAGACUGAUAACAGAGCUAAAGCUGCCCCCAAAUGAUGCGUAUUUUAAGCUACGACAUACACUGGACACAAUCAAUGAUCUAAUCUCAUCUUGUUCUACCACAGUAGGUGGCACUCAACUGGUAGACCCAGCUGCUGGAAAUGUUUGCUUUGCGAGUGGUUCUGCUGGCUGGUCUUUUACCUUGCAAUCUUUUGCGCAUCUUUAUUUGAAGAUUCAUGGGAUUCAGUUUGACCAUGAGAAAUUUGCAUCUCGUCUGUGGGGAGAUUUGUAUUAUGACCAUAACUCUAGAACCUUCAAAAAGAAGCCGCCAGCAGCAGGAGCUAAUAGGUCAUUCAUUGAGUUCAUCCUUGAGCCUCUGUAUAAAAUCUAUAGUCAGGUUGUUGGAGAGCAACAGAGAAUUCUUGAAGUAACUCUCGCUGACUUGGGUGUGACACUGAGCAAUGCAGCUUAUAAGCUUAAUGUUAGGCCUUUGCUGAGACUUGCUUGCCGCUCAAUUUUUGGCACUGCUACUGGUUUUACCGACAUGUUAGUGAAAAACAUCCCCAAUGUGAAGGAUGGCGCUGCAAGGAAAAUAGAACACAUAUACACUGGUCAACAAGACUCCUCCAUUGUGGAUGCAAUGAAGAAAUGUGAUUCCCAUGGUCCUCUUAUGGUCAAUGUUACAAAACUGUAUCCUAAGCCUGACUGUAGUGUCUUUGAUGCCUUUGGACGAGUUUAUAGUGGCACAAUACAGACUGGUCAGACAGUUCGGGUGCUUGGAGAAGGCUAUUCCCCUGAUGAUGAAGAGGAUAUGACUGUCAAAGAGGUCACCAAGUUGUGGGUCUAUCAGGCACGGUACCGUGUUCCAAUAAGUAAGGCACCUGCUGGUUCUUGGGUUCUUAUUGAAGGCGUGGAUGCAUCAAUCAUGAAAACUGCAACCAUAUGUCCUAUGAACAUGGAUGAAGAUGUGUACAUAUUUAGGCCUCUACGCUUCAAUACCUUACCUGUUGUAAAGAUAGCAGCUGAGCCUCUUAACCCGAGUGAGCUGCCUAAAAUGGUGGAAGGUCUGCGUAAAAUUAGCAAGAGCUACCCUCUUGCUAUUACUAAGGUAGAAGAGUCAGGCGAACACACUAUACUUGGGACUGGUGAGCUAUAUCUAGAUUCAAUAAUGAAGGACCUCAGAGAGCUUUACUCUGAGGUAGAAGUGAAGGUUGCAGAUCCAGUUGUGACAUUUUGUGAAACAGUUGUUGAUACUUCCUCUAUGAAAUGUUUUGCUGAAACACCCAACAAGAGGAACAAAAUUACCAUGUUAGCUGAACCACUAGAGAAGGGCUUGGCAGAAGAUAUAGAGAAUGGCCUUGUCAGCCUUGACUCAAGGCAGAAAGAAGUCACUGACUUCUUUCGCCAACGCUACCAGUGGGAUGUGCUUGCAGCAAGGUCAAUAUGGGCUUUUGGACCUGACAAGCAGGGUCCUAACAUUCUACUGGAUGACUCUCUUUCGGUUGAGGUGGAUAAGAACUUGCUGAAUGCAGUCAAAGAUUCAAUUGUUCAAGGUUUCAGUGGGGUGCUAGAGAAGGCCCCUUGUGUGAUGAACCAAUUAGGAAUGUGA